GUCCCUUAGAAUUUCAAGAAUGAAAACACAAGCACGUUUUUCUCUUCACUCAAAUUCAGUCUGUUGUUUAAUGGGAUAAAACAAGACUGAUUAUGAAAAUUAAGGUUUUAAGUCGUAAUCCUGAUGACUAUUUACGUGAAACAAAAAGAGAUAUUCAUAAAGUGCCAAGGAAUUAUGAUCCUGAACUCCAUCCAUUUGAAGCACCAAGAGAAUAUGUACGAGCAUUAAAUGCCACAAAACUAGAGCGUGUGUUUGCCAAACCUUUCCUUGGAGCAUUAGAUGGACACAGAGAUGGGGUUAGAAGUCUGUGUAAACAUCCAACCGCACUGAGUCUGCUUCUUUCAGGAGCUUGUGAUGGAGAGGUUAAAGUAUGGAGUUUAGCCAAGAGGAGCUGUUUACAGACAAUCCAGGCACAUGAGGGAAUGGUACAAGGUUUAUGUAUGCACCAAUCUGGUAGAUAUUUUUUCAGUGUUGGAAAUGACAAGACAAUUAAACAAUGGAGUUUGUCAGAUUGUGGUCAGAUAGAAGAGGAACCUCAAAGUACUAUUUUAGGAAAGACAAUAUUCACAUCAAUAGACCAUCAUUGGUCACAGAACAUGUUUGCCACUUGUGGACAACAGUUAGAUAUAUGGGAUGAAGACAGAACUGAACCAGUCAGAUCUUUUACCUGGGGAGUAGACAGUCUACAUGCAGUCAAAUUUAAUCCUAUUGAGACCAAUAUAGUUGGUAGUUGUGCUUCAGACAGAAGUAUUAUACUGUAUGACAUGAGGGGAUCAGCUCCUCUGAGAAAAGUAAUUUUAAAACUGAGAUCUAACACAAUAGCCUGGAAUCCUAUGGAAGCUUUUAUAUUUACUGUUGCCAAUGAAGAUUAUAAUUUAUAUUCCUUUGAUAUGAGAAAGUUAUCAAUGCCAGUUACUGUUCACAUGGACCAUGUUUCUGCUGUGAUGGAUGUGGAUUACUCACCAACAGGACGAGAAUUCGCUUCGGCUGGUUAUGAUAAAGUUGUUAGAAUAUUUCCAGCUGACAGAACCCACAGCAGAGAAAUAUACCAUACAAAGCGAAUGCAGCGUGUUGAAACUGUACGAUGGUCUUUAGAUAACAAAUACAUUCUUUCUGGUUCUGAUGAAAUGAAUAUCAGGAUUUGGAAGGCACAAGCUUCAGAGAAACUAGGAGUGCUUAAACCAAGAGAGAAAACAGCAUUUAAUUACAACUCUAAACUGAAAGAAAAAUUUGCAUUCCAUCCUGAAGUGAAAAGAAUCUCCCGCCAUCGACAUGUUCCAAAGAUGAUCUAUAACCAACAGAAGGAGAUGAGAAUAAUCAGACAGUCACAGAAAAGAAAGGAAGCCAAUCGCCGUAAGCAUAGCAAGCCUGGCGCUGUACCAUUUGUACCAGAGAGGAAAAAAUCUAUUAUUAAAGAAAUUGAGUGAAUCUUACAGAUUUAACCAGUGGGAAAAGUGCAAUUUGUCAUUUUAAUCACUGUAAAAAUGUGGUACAUUAUAACUUUCUGAACUUUAGAAACACAAAUUAGAUUAUGUGUAUUGAUAUCUGCAUUACGAAUCAGAUAUGAAGAUAUUUACAAUUAACAUUCAGAUGUCUCAUAUUUAGCAGAUUUGAACCAUAUAUAUAAUGUACAAUAUAUUUGAUAGAAAAAAAAAAUCUUCAACCACAACUAUAUAUGGACUGAUUCUGAUAAAACUGCUAGAUACUAAAUUCUAUUAGAAUAUUGUGGAUUCAAUAUUAUUCGUGGGAUACCAUCUUUCGUGGAUUUCGUGGGUAAAGGAUAAAAACCAAUGUUCAACCAAGUACAAAUUUUUUAUAGACUUGUAUGCAGACAUUGACAAAACCAUGAAUCAAAUAUCAUUGAAAAUACAAUCUUUCAUCAUUCACAAAAAUACAAUUUUUCCAAAAUCCACAAGAAUCGGUACCCAAGAAAGUAAAUGAAUUCACAGUAUGUCACAUUUUAGUCAGAUGAUUCUUAAUUUUUAUUCAUCAUGUAAGAAUGAAUUGUUGCUUUAAUAUUGUAAUGAUAGUAAUAAAUGAAUGACAAAGUUUAAA